GAGACUGGGGAGGGGUGAACCAGCAGGGCGGGCGCGCCAGGGUGGGUGUGGGCGCCCUUCGAGCUUGGGAUAAAGGGCUGGUGGCAAAAGGAGAAGCGCUCGGCUCCUCAGGCUCACAAGCGGCUGCCAUUGAGAGGAAAGAGCCUGUAUUCCGUUCGUGCGGCAGAGAGGAGGGGAAGGAAAGCGGGGACACCCACGUCGAUAGCGCAGGAGAAGCGGGAAAGUGGCCUCGCCGAGGAAAGAGAGGGGACUGGGCACACUUAGAGGAGUACAAGUUUGCAGCAGGCGCCAGCUCCCGCUGCCGGCAGAGCCCGAGCCCAUCCCAGCGAGGCUGCUGCAAACGGCGCGUCGAUAGGAGCGCGCUUGGCUCUCUUCUGAGCCGCCGAUCCACAACCGCGACCUGCUCCCCAAAGAGGCCCCGAGCAAAUCAACUUGGAAGAAGGCUUUAUCUCGGAAUUAACCCAGAGGAGUUUUUGAGAUAAUUCAUCAUGAAGAGUGUAGUGGAAGACUGGUCCAGAGUAACUGCUUUGCUAUUCAUAGCUCAAGCAGUUUCUGCUCUGGUACUUCCCAAUGCAACACUGUUUGAGGACAUGCUGGAAAAAUACAUGGAUGAGGAUGGUGAAUGGUGGGUUGCCAAGCAAAGAGGAAAAAGAGCUAUCACUGACAGUGAUAUGCAAAGUAUUUUGGAUCUUCAUAAUAAAUUACGGGGCCAGGUAUAUCCACAAGCUUCCAAUAUGGAAUAUAUGGCAUGGGAUGUAGAGCUGGAGAGAUCAGCACAAUCCUGGGCUGAGACAUGUCUUUGGGAACAUGGGCCUGCAAGUCUUCUUCCAUCCAUUGGACAGAACUUGGGAGCACAUUGGGGAAGAUAUAGACCUCUAACAUUUCAUGUCCAAGCAUGGUAUGAUGAAGUGAGAGACUUUAGCUAUCCUUAUUCUCAAGAAUGCAACCCUUAUUGCCCUUACAGAUGUUCUGGUCCUGUAUGUACUCAUUAUACACAGGUAGUAUGGGCCACAAGUAGCAGAAUAGGUUGUGCGGUUAAUUUGUGUCAUAACAUGAAUGUCUGGGGACAGAUAUGGCCAAAAGCCAUUUACUUGGUAUGCAAUUAUUCUCCCAAGGGUAAUUGGUGGGGGCAUGCACCAUACAAACAUGGUCGCCCAUGUUCUGCAUGUCCCCCUAGUUUUGGAGGAGGCUGUAGAGAAAACCUUUGUUAUAAAGAAGGUUCAGAAAGACAUUACUCUCCAGAGAUGGAAACCAACGAGAUUGAACGGCAGCAGUCACAUGUUCAGGAUUCAUCACACAAUCAAUUAAGGUCACGUGUAUCACCCUCUGAUGAUGGUGACAAAAAUGAAGUCAUCAGCAAACUACAAAUGUCUCAAAUUGUUUCCUGUGAAGUACGGUUAAGGGACCAGUGCAAACGAACAACCUGUAAUAGGUAUGAAUGUCCUGCUGGCUGCUUGGACAGCAGUGCCAAAGUUGUUGGAAGUGUACAUUAUGACAUGCAAUCAAGCAUUUGCAGAGCUGCAAUACAUUAUGGAAUCAUAGAUAAUGAUGGAGGCUGGGUUGAUGUUACCAGGCAAGGAAGAAGAAAUUAUUUCAUUAAAUCCUAUAGAAAUGGUGUUCAGUCAAUUGGAAAAUACCAGUCUGCUAAUUCCUUCACAGUCUCUAAAGUACAAGUGCAAGCUGUCACUUGUGAAACAACUGUGGAACAACUAUGCCCAUUUUAUAAGCCAGCCACACAUUGCCCAAGGGUCUAUUGCCCUCACAACUGCAUGCAGGCAAAUCCACACUAUGUCCGAGUAAUAGGAACAAGAAUUUAUUCUGACGUGUCUAGUAUCUGCCGGACAGCUGUACAUGCUGGGGUAAUUCAGAAUGAAGGGGGCUUUGUUGAUGUUAUGCCAGUGGAUAAAAGAAGAAUGUAUAUUGCUUCAUUUCAAAAUGGAAUUUUUUCAGAAAGUUUACAGAAUCCUCCAGGAGGCAAGGCAUUCAGAGUGUUUGCUGUGGUUUGAGGGCAACAAAUAAACGGUAAAAAUAAAAGCAAAAUACAGUGGUUGGAAGAAGAGAAAGAAAAUGCCAUUUAAUCUCCUUCCUCAAGUUUGUAUAAAGAUGUAAUAUUGCUGUACAGAAGAUAUUUACUGUUUUGUGACUGGAAAGGAGUUUAACUGCAAGUAAAUCUUAAUGGGAAAAAAUCUGUAAAGUUAAACGUGGGAAAAUGCAUAUGAAAAACGAUUAUGAUAAAUAGCCUGUUUCGAAUCCUGUGUUCAAUAUUGCUAUAUUUUCUUAGCAUUUAUUUCUAUGCAAUUCAUUGAAGCUCAUAAAUGUUCCACAAUUAAAAAACAAACAAAUACAUCAUCAUCAUUAUCAUGUUUUAUGUAUGCCACUAACAUUAAAUGCAGAGGUAUAUCUAUGAUAGAUCUUAUAUCCAUUGUAUGUAUCAUUUUCCAUUGCUUAAAAUUGAAAAAAAACCUUGCAGUGAACAUGUAUUACUACAGAAACAUACAAAGUCAAAAGAAUGAGAAAUUAUGCCAGUUUUACACAUUUUUUCUCAAUCUUUAAAAAAUGCUGAUUAGAACAAGCUCCUAACUUGAUGCCAGCAGUCACUUACAUAAUGAAAUGUAAAGCAUGGUUAAAAAUCAGUAGUAGUGGGCAGACAGUGCCCUUCUGACACCAGCAUUGCUGCAGCUUACCUUGAUGAGGCUGGGUGAGGACAGGAGAAGGCAACAGUGAGAUUCAAGCUGCAUGGGUACACUGGCAGAGCCAAAGUUAGGUGUUCCCUAACCUUGCUAUCACUCUGCCCCAGCCCCAUGCAGCAGCGCCCUACCACUACUAUUAAAAAUUUAGGGUUUUUAUCUUACACACAUGGCAGCCAUUUGUGAGAUUGAUGUUUGUGUAAACCUGUAGAACUGAGUUUAAGCCAGAAUGUAGUUCAUUUGAGCUUCAGUAAAUCAGUUCUCAGAAAUAUCGCUAAGCACAACCUUGCUUGUAAGACUGACACCCUAUACUACAUAUGCUUGUCUAUAUAGUAUUGGUAAAUUGCAGUAUAAAGGAAUCUGUAACAUGGGCCCAAAUAUCUUUACUUUCUUCAUCUAAUGCAUAUUCCUGCAGGGCAGGACACAGUGCCAAAGAUCACAUAUUAUUUCACCAUUUCAUUUGAUCUCAUUUACGGUAGAUAGCUCUGUGCAUUACAUCUACCUUAUUGUGGUAUAUUAGAAAAAUAUAUAAUGGUGACAUUAUCAGGCUUUCUAUGAAAAGUGUAUUGUGUAAGAUGAAAAUUAUUUUCUGUUAUUUUUGUUUUUCUGUAACUUUAUAGUUUGGACUUUUUAAUUUCUUGCAAAAUACUAUUGGUACUGAUAUUCUUCAUACGUGCAUCACAGUGUUAUUUUGUUCUGCUACAUGCACUACCUCAUGUAGUUAGGCAAUCUUUUUUUGAAUAAAAAGUCAACUAAA